GGAAGCUCCACGUGGUUUUCAGAGGAACACCUGGGUGCAGAGUAAAUUCAGGACGUGUGGCUCGUUUCCCUCCGCCCACAUCUCCCGGAUGGCUCUGCCCCCGUCGCUUGGUGGUUCUUCUCCGGCCGGAUUGUUCGGGUCUGGAGCAUGGAGGACUCUCCGCGACGGCGACUGCCAGAUUCUAACACCCGGUACCGGGACAGAAACUUCUGGGACUCGCGAUAUCGGGAUGAAGGCGCCACUCCGGCCGAAUGGUUCGGGGGCUUGGAAUGUUUCCGACAGCAGCUGGAGGUGGAGUUGAAUCCGGGAGACCGGAUUCUGGUGCUGGGCUGCGGGAACAGCGCUCUGAGUUAUGACCUCUUCCAACUUGGUUAUACAAACAUCACCAGCAUUGACUACUCAGAAGCAUGCAUUGCACAUAUGCAAGCCCACUACGCUCAUUGCUCAAGUUUGCACUGGGCAGUGAUGGACGCCCGGGCCUUGACUUUUGUAGAUGGGAGCUUUGAUGUAGUCUUGGAGAAGGGUACUCUGGAUUCCCUGAUGGUGGAAGAAACAGAUCCCUGGAAUGUCUCCCACGAGGCCAGAAUGCUUCUGGAUCAGGUGUUAACAGAGGUCAGCCGAGUCUUGCGCCCCGGUGGGCGUUUCAUCUCAAUCACCUUUGCCCAGCCUCACUUCCGCAGGCGCCAUUAUGCCCAGCCCGCCUACGGGUGGUCUGUCCAACAUGCCACGUACAGCAGCGGCUUCCACUACUUCCUCUACAUCAUGAGGAAGGGCGAGGCGCUGUCUCCUUCUGACCUGGCGCUGGGGCAGAGCCUCCACCUGCGUCCCACCACGCCUCCCCCUGUACGCUACCUCGAAGAGAUGGACAGUGAGCAUUUCCUCUCUGCCAUUGACCUGUGAGCCACUGGCAAGGAGUGAGAGAGAGGGGGCCCGGGGCCACGGACCACGUGCCAAUCUGCCUGCUGGUUGACUGCCAGAACCAGCAUUUUCUCCAAGUCAUUUUGGGCGAUUUCCUGCAUUUUUAAAAAUUUAUUUUAAAAAACAAACCAGAAAGCUGAUGCCUUCUCUGCAGUUGGCAACAGGAGCCAAUUCUCCAUGGAAGUGGAUGGGAAUGCUUUCUGCCGCCAACUCCCUUGUAGGAAAGACCAUUUAUUUUCUCAUCCCUCUGAAUCUUCCCUUUGGCUUACACCAUGGAGUCCGUGGAAAGGGUUGGGGUGUUAGAAUCUCUGGGAUUUGUUUUUUUUUUUUAAAUCUCAUGGCUGUGCCUUGAAUUUCCCUCCAUUUGUGCUGGGGUGGUGCUCUAGAGUUGGCCUCUUCAGGAGGCAUCUCUCCAAAGAGGAAGAUCCAGAAUCGCUGGCUGUCCUCUCUGCCAUCUUGGAGCAGUUUUAUUCUGUGUUGCUGGCUUUUAAAAAACCAAAUGGCUGCUGGCGUUGCCAGGUGAGGGUCUUGCCUCUUCCCCCCCCUUCACAUCUGACUGCUGGUUGGUCCUGUCUGUGAUAGGAGGCAGGAAUUAGGUCCAGGACAAUUAUGUCUCGACUCUUUGUCAUGCUCACUCCCAUCUGCAGGUCCUUUAUAGUAUUCCACUAAAACAUUGCAGAUUCUGCAACCUGAAACCAGAGGCCUGCAAUCUGAAUUUGUUGUGCAAAUUAAAUAUGUACAUAUG